GUUUAUAUCAUUAGACGUUUGGAAUGAAUCAUGAGUGUUCCUUGCCUUAUUAUUGGAAACGUUUUACUUUGAAUUAUUUAUCUAGGAUAUGCACUUUUUUUAAACACAGAGAAAAUAUUUUGAUCGUGUUGAAUUAGACUUAAACUAAAGUGGAUUUUAUGAGCAAAACUUCAGGGUUUUAAGAAACUUUAUCUAAAGAUUCUACAUAUACAUGUGACCUGUAGCUUUGAGAUCACAGCUGAUUGAGAAUAGCCAGCAUUGUUUGUAGCCUAUAGUUCUCUAUAGUCACAAACCUGUGUGACAGUGUAUGUCAGUUAGAUAGGAUGGAUAACAGCACAGAUGACCAAGGCAAACGUCUAGGAACGAGAGUUUUUAAGAAAAGUUCUCCCAAUGGAAAGAUUACAGUUUACUUGGGCAAAAGAGACUUUGUUGACCACAUAACUCAUGUUGAACCAAUUGAUGGAGUGGUUUUGGUAGAUCCUGAGUAUGUGAAAGAUAGGCGUGUAUUCGGUCAUGUUCUUGCAGCAUUUCGAUAUGGUCGUGAAGACUUGGAUGUUCUUGGGUUAAACUUUCGGAAGGACCUGUACCUUGCCUCAGAUCAGCUGUAUCCUUUGUCAACUGACCCCGAUAAAAAGCACCCACUAACCCGUCUUCAGGAACGUCUUCUCAGGAAACUUGGCCCAAAUGCUCACCCUUUUUAUUUUGAGCUCCCUCCUCAUUGUCCAGCAUCGGUCACUUUACAGCCUGCAUCUGGAGAAACUGGAAAACCAUGUGGUGUAGACUAUGAACUUAAAGCUUAUGUAGCAGACACAGUGGAUGAGAAACCACAUAAAAGAAACUCUGUAAGGUUAGCCAUACGAAAGGUGAUGUAUGCACCAAGCAAGCAAGGAGAACAGCCCAGUGUCGAAAUCAGUAAAGAAUUUAUGAUGUCACCUAACAAGUUGCAUUUAGAAGCCUCACUUGACAAAGAGCUCUAUCACCAUGGAGAAGAUAUUGCAGUCAAUGUUCACAUCGCAAACAACUCAAAUAGGACAGUAAAAAAAGUCAAGAUAUCAGUUCGACAGUUUGCUGAUAUUUGCCUGUUUACUGCAGCACAGUAUAAAUGUUCAGUAGCUUCAGUGGACAGCGAAGAUGGGUGUCCUGUUGGACCCGGGUUUACAUUAUCAAAGGUUUACUAUUUGAAGCCCCUGUUAGCCAAUAAUAAAGACAAACGUGGUCUAGCAUUGGAUGGGCAGUUAAAACAUGAGGAUACAAAUCUUGCAUCAUCCACAAUUAUCACAGAUCCUUCUCAGAAAGAAAACUUAGGGAUUAUAGUGCAGUACAAAGUGAAAGUUAAGUUAUGUCUAGGACCUCUCGGAGGGGAUGUUGUUGCAGAACUUCCUUUCAUUUUGAUGCAUCCAAAGCCUGAAGAACCACCAGACACACCCUCAGGUCAAGAGUCCAUGUCAGAAAAAAGUCAGGAGGAUAAUAAUGUCCCUGUUGAUACCAAUUUGAUACAGUUUGAUACAAUUAAUCACAGUGAAGUAGAACAAUGCACGAGGCACAGAAGUUGAGCAUGACAAACGAGAAGGCGUCAACUGCUCAGCUGCUCAAGAGGAUGAUUUUAUUUUUGAAGAUUUUGCUAGAUCCAGACUUAGAGGUGAAACUGAAGCUUAAACACAAAACCUCAGCUUAUCGUGGAUUCUGUAUACGAAUUCCAUCUUUGAACUCGGUUCUCAGGUGUAUUUUACUAACAAUAGGCCAGCUCUAAUGAUGUUUCUUCAUAGUCCUGUUUUGCUACCGUGGCUUGUUCUACCAGGCUGAUUUUUAUUUAUAUUUGAGUGUUAUCUUUGUUAUAUUCAUGUUAACACAGGAAAUAUUUUAUAUACAUUUUGGUAAGCUUUAGCUACCAGUGCUGAUGGUAAUAUUAUCUCCAGUAUACUCAAAAGACAUUCUUUUAUAUGUUUCUUCUUUAAGAGUUGUACUAGUCCAAGUUUGUGUGGUUUGUACUGAUAUUUCAUGUAUUUGUUCACUUAGUAUCUCUUUUUUUUUUUUCCUUUGGAAGCAUUAUUUGUGUAAUUGUUAACUUAUAUUUUUGAUAAAAGUUAGAGGCAACAGAUGUAUAAUUAUCCUGAAGUUGUGAGUAGUACAAUUAUUUAGCUUGUGGGACAAGAUGGGGAUUAACUUUUUCUAUCUGAUCAAGCAAAAAUUAGCUUACAUUAUCAUUGUGCCCCAUGACAAAAGAGCAGCAUAGACACUACUAAAUCUUCAUUUACAUAUUUGCUAAACCUAUCUAAGUUUCAACAUUAAUUUAAUCAAGACUGUACUGACUGUAUAUCAUUGUCUCAUAAAUAUCUCUCUGUACCUGGAAUCUCAAUACACAAGUUUUAUUAGCACCAUUACUAUGUUUGUUAAUAGUACUGUCACUAUAGGCAUCUUUCUCCUCAUGAGAACUAUUUUUUUUAGCAUUAACAUUAACCACAUACAUCUGUUCUUGAGAGCAUCAUAAGAUAAUCAGUUUUUCCUCAGCAUCAUUAUGAAAUUUGUGCCGUUGGUACUAGAAACAUCACGCAUGUCACCUUUUUUCUUAGCAUUAUCAUUACAUGAAGAAUUCUUUUUUCUGGAAGUAUUAUUACCAAAUACCUACAUCAUUCUUUCUUUAGUAUCAUCACUAUAUACAGAACUAGAAUGCUGGAAGUAUUAUCAUAUAUCUACAUCAGUCUUUUUUUUUUAGUAUUAUCACUGCAUACAGAUCUCUCUUCCUGGAAGUAUUGCCAAAUGACUACAUCACUUAAAGACUUUGAUGGUAUCAAAUAUUUAGAAUGGAGAAGAUUUGGGUGUUAAUAAAGUUUUUUAACAGUAUCACUGGUCUAGAAUAGAGGUGUAUGUCUGUAAUAAAGUUGUUGAGAAUAUUAAUGAACAAGAUUUAAAAUGUUAUUAUUGUAACAGAGAUUAUUGGUACUGACAUUAAUCUGGAGCAUAGAAAUAUAAUUUGUAACAGUUUGUUAAUUUCAUGAUUUAUUUGGAACAUAAAGCUGGAAAUGACGUCAUCAAAAUCUUCACAGAGAAAGCUGUGAUUUUUUUUUUUUUU